AUGUAAAAGCUCCAUCAAUGAUGAAAACGAUCGCAUUUAUUAUUGCAAUUGCAGCAGUUUGUACUGCGUUUGGGGCCGUUGAAGCCAAAACAUUUACCGAAUGUGAACUGGCCAAACUUCUUCGCAGCAGGUACAACUUUGAUAAGAAUAAGGUGAACAACUUUGUCUGUAUGGCAAAAGCAGAAAGUAGUCUAACCACAAACAAGACCAAUAGGAAUAAGAAUGGAUCCACCGAUUACGGGCUAUUCCAAAUCAACAACAAUUACUGGUGUUCAUCACCGGGGCACACUUCUAAAAACAAUGAUUGCAAAGUCUCUUGUUCCGAUUUAAUGACUAACGAUAUUACUAAGGCAGUAACUUGUGCUAACAAGGUUUUUGCUCGUCAUGGAUAUUCUGCAUGGAAUGGAUGGAAAUCAAAGUGUCAAAAUGGAGUCAAAGAUCUGUCAUAUUGUAUGUAAUCCUGAAUUUACAGAGAAGAAUAAAAAUAAUUAAUACGAUUUAAUUAUCACAGUGCUGUAUACAUUUAACUAUUAAAAAGUUCAGGAAAACAUAUGUGGAUAUGGAAGAAGCUAGUAUUUAAUUCAUGAGUACAAUUAAAUCACGGAAAUGUAUCUACAGCCGAUAUACCAACUCAAAAUUGAGUCGAAUUCAAAUCAAAAUUGUAAAAAGUGCGGCAAUUGCAACGAGUGAGUAAUUUUUUACUCGAUUUUCCUCAAAAAUCUGAUCGAAUAUGAGAAAAUUCGAUGGACAUUUUACUGAGUUAAUGAGUACGCUGAUCAUUUUCCAAAAUGUGAGCUCAUUUGGUUACGAUCUCAUACUGUACUAUCCCAUUAAAGUUUAUAUGGGAAUUCUUCUUUUUGCUUUAUUAUAGAGACUUUCAGCCUCUAUUAAAUGAGAAUUACUAUGGGUAAAUUGAACUUUAUGUUCACCUCGUUCUAACCGCACUGUGCAUAG